AUGUCGUCUGCAGUUGCAGAGCUGGAUGGCUUCCUCCAGUCCAUGCUUGGGCUGAAGCCCCCUGGCGUCUCGGGUUCAAAAAUCAGCAGCAUUACCUCCCUCUGCACCGCCAACGUUCAGUCUGAAUCGGUCCUGAUCCAAAAAAUCUAUACCCACUUCAAAAGAGCACCGGGGACUCACAAGCUUGGCGUACUCUAUGUCGUAGACUCUGUAACUCGACAAUGGGUAGAUUCCGCGCGCAAGGCUGGUCAACCAGCAGGUAGCAAUGCUCCAGAUGGCACAUUUGCCGCGGGUGUCAACAGAGUGACCGAAUUACUUCCUGUCCUCAUGACUGAUAUUAUAAAUACUGCACCUGAAGAUCAAAAGGACAAAAUCAAAAAGUUGGUUGAUAUCUGGGAGCGCGGGGCUACUUUUCCAGCCGCUAUGCUCUCAUCCUUUAAGGACAAACUAAACGCACCAGUAUCUCAGAAUGUACAAUCGACGACUCCUGAGGGGUCACCGGCGCCUGGUAUGAAUUCGCUUCUGGCUUUAGCUCAACAGCAAGCCCAGCAAGGAGUUUCUGUCAAUGGCUUGGCUCCCACACAAGCUGCUCCGGAUACCUCAAGCAUUUUAAAAGCUCUAGCAAAUAUGGCCAAACAAGGUACAACCGCGCCAGCUGCUGCGGCGCUCGCACAGACUAGUUCCAAUAAUGUAUUAAAUACGCAAAGUACAGCUCCUCCUCCAGUCUCUUCGUCUGUAGAACAGACUGCGCAACAGUCAAACGGACAGACUGUAAACCCGUAUGCUGGAAAUAUUGCUGCUCAGUUUGCAGGUUUAAGUAAUCUCGCACCAAAUAUGUUUCCUAACCAACCUGCUCAACCUACGAAUCCACCUGCUCCACAGAACCCCCUCGCUGCUCUACUACAACAGCAACAGCCACAACAACAGCUUCCACAGCAACCCACAAGCACCAUGUCGCCCGAUGCUCUCCAACAGCAGCUUGGCCUCAUCCAGUUGCUUGCCGCGCAAGGAAUUCCGCAAGAUCAAUGGGCAACUGCCCUGCAAAUUCUAAGCUUAUCAAACUCUGCAAAUGCUGGCAUAGGCGGCCUUAAUCCUGCAGCCCUGUCUGCUUUUGGCCAAAUGCCAACCGGUCAAGCCGCAUGGGGUGCUCCAGCCCACGACGCAUCAUCACGUGACAGAGAUCGCGAUAGAGAUAGAGAACGUGAUAGAGACCAUGAUUAUAUGCGCUCGCCACCUGGCCAGUAUCGUCGCCGCUCCAGGUCUCCUGGGUGGGAAAGACGUCGAGACGGCUCUCCUCCCCGGCGCCGUGAUAGCCCUGUCUAUGGAGAGUAUCACGGCGAUUCACCUGGCCGUAAUAGAGGUGAUCAACGAGAUGGGCGGGGCCGCCGUGGUAAUGACUAUCGUCAGCGUAGCCCGCAAGGAAGACGUCGCCGCAGCCCUUCUCCCCAAAAGGACAGCUCAUUGCCUCCUCCCGGGCCGAAGCACGUCGAAUGGGAUUACUCUAUUGGACAAGGAAAUAUCAAAGUCCUCAGCCGAACCCUGUUCGUCGGUGGCGUUACGUCGUCAGAGUCACAUCUACGAUCCCUUUUUAGCCGCUAUGGAAUUGUCCAGACUUGCAUCGUCAAUAUUGAUAAACGACAUGCUUUUGUUAAAAUGAUCACUCGACGUGACGCAGUCAGUGCCCGCGAAGGAAUGGAACAAUACAAAUCCGGUGACAUGCAACUUAGAACACGUUGGGGUGUUGGAUUUGGCCCACGAGACUGCAGUGAUUAUCAAACCGGAAUCAGUAUCAUCCCUAUUGAACGACUCACGGAGGCAGAUCGAAAGUGGAUGCUUACCGCAGAAUACGGAGGCACUGGUGGCAAGCCGAUUGAUAGUGGUAUGGUCGUUGAGGAGCCUGAUAUUGAAAUUGGUGCAGGAGUGUCGUCCAAGGCAAUCAGCCGAAGAAUGGCUACCGACCAGGGAGGAAAACGCGGCCCCCAGUCAUCUCGACCAUCAUUUGAGCAACGGUUGCGCCGUGACCGCCAAACGGAUGAUGGGCCUGGCAGCGACCGCGAUGCCGACCGUGACAAUGCCAAUGCGAAUGCCGUCGCCGUUCCUCCUGCCGUCCCAGGCUUUGGUUUCCAGUUCCCUGGCAUGCCCAUGUUCCCCCCAGGAUUUAUGAUGGGAGGUGCCCAGCCAGCCACGACGAAUGCAAACACCGCUCAACAACCAGCUCCUGGCUCGGGAAGUUGA